AAGAAAAGAUUGAGUUGAGUAGGAAAAAGAUUACAGAUAUCGCUGAAAAGUCGUGCAAGCACAUCUCCGCCACCGUUGUCUCCCUCCCCCGCUGCACUGCAAGAAAAGAAUGACAGCAUAGAAGAACCAACACGGAUCAGGACAACUUCACUUCACCCCCAUUCGACAUUCGUUAACACCUUCAUCUUGCAGCCAUGUUCACAAAAGCAACUUCCCACCUCCGUCCCUUCAUCCGUCUCCCCUCUUCUCACUCCCCUGCCUCUCCAGACCACUUCACCGCCAACCCUUCUCUUUUACACCAUCUCCCUCAGCAUGGCACGAGUAAUUCAGUAAUUGUUCAGGGACAACAUUCUGCCCAGGCCGGUGGUGCGUCUGGACAUGCUGGACGGACAGGCUAUGGUGGCGGCGCAGGUGCCGGUGGAGGAUAUACCGGUCACGCGCGAGCUUUCCUCUCUCUCCCUCAAACAGCUUCUUUCGAUCCUUCUUCCACCCUCUCUGACGAGCGAAAAAAGGACGCUUCAAGUUCAUCCUCUUCAAAUACAUCUCUACUCCUUAAACACCGUCUGUCCAAGACACCACGAAUAGUUCACCUCAAUGAUUCUGUUCGGGCGCGACGAGCAAUUGAAGAACGAAAAGGGGGUAAGGAUUUUACGGUCGUUGAACUCGAAGAUGUUCCCAGAAUCCACAGACGAGAUUCUAUCGCCGAAUAUACCUCUGGCCGAUUACCCUUAACGUCUACUUCAACCCGAUCACUAUCCCGUUCCCAUACUUCUUUCGACAUUUUCCAGGUCGGUAUUCCUCAGCCUCGAUCAAUAGGUCUUCGUGCUCUUUCGACAACAUCUAAUGCACCUCGAGCUCUUGAAGCAGAGGAUAUCGAGGCGGUUGAAGAAUUGGAGUUGAUGACUCCUCGUGCUGGGCGAGAGGUUAGGACGAUCGGUCAGCCCAAUCGAGUGUUGAUGGACCUUGCUGGACGAGAUUUGCCCUCAACAGUCACAGCUGGUUGGCAGUUGGGAGGGAUCAGGAGGAAUUCCACUGCUGCAGUUGAGCGGCCAUCGCUCGACCUCCCUCCUGCUGAUCUUUCCAGUAUUGCGACUCACGAGCAGAAGGAGGACAAACAGCGUGAAGAGGCGAUUCUCCAAGCACUCCGCCAAGCGAAACAGAAUGGAAAUGCCGAACUCGUGAAAAACCUCAUCACCCAUUAUCGUUCUCCUCGAUCGCUUCCACCUUUCUCUCCAGACAGUCUUCCUGGUGUUCCAGAAUUGUCAAAGCAUUACCCCCUUCCAUCCGGUUAUUCUAUCAGGAUUUACAACGCCUGCCUCAUUGCGGCUCUUGCGAUUCGAAGUCCUGGUCAAUCCAUCGCGCCAAUCCUCGAAAUUUACAACGAGCUUUUAGAGAAAGACAUGAUCCCUGAUAGUAUGACCUACGGCGCAGUAAUCCGAGCUUUGGCUAUGAGAGAGCGAGACGUUAGAGGGAGUCAGGAGAUCUGGGAACGCCAAAAGACUUGGGGCUUGUGGCGGUCCGAAAUUAGUGGAAAUCAGACUUGGGAUCCUGAAGUAGCGGCUGAAAACGACGCAAACAUAGAGGCAUACCUCGCCGAAAACAAUGUUUUGUCGGCAGUCAGGCUUUUCCGAGCGGCGGCUUUAACAGGCCAGGCUGGGCGAUUUGUCGUGUCGAUACAUGGCACUGUGUUAGACGCUUUGAGCAAACUGGAGAAGCCUGAUGUAACUGUGAUGGAACAGUUGGUCGAGCACGCCGAGUCCCAUGAAGUGCCAGGUAUAAUAUCGCUUUACAAGCACCUUUUCUUGGCCUACGCUAAAAUCAAGGACGCUUCUGCUCUUAGUCAAGUAUGGAACAAGUACCGAGGUCUGGCCAAGACCGCAAGUCGAGAAGACUGGGCCGCUGCGUGCGGUCAGCGUGAAGCCUAUGAUGUCAGGAUCGAAGGAGCCAUGCGGGAGCCUUGGGAUAUUGUGAUAAGUGCUUUCAUUGAAGUUGGGGAGUUGAGCAAAGCGUUUGAAGUUUUUGGAGAAAUGGCAGAGGUCGCAGAAAAGAAAACUAAGGCUGAGGUGCCGCCUGCCACCCACAGGACGUGCGGUGUACUUGUAACUGCCCUUGCUCGAGCUGGUGAAUUCGACCUCGCCUUAGAGUGGUUCAACAGCUUGCAAGCCUCUGCUAUUGUUACUCAGAACUCGCCCCAUCGACUCACCCUUGAACACACCAUUGUCCUUGCAGAACAGCUCCUCCUCAAGGGACGUUGGUUUGACGCUGCUGACGUCGUUAUUGGGCUUGGGGGGAUUCGUGAUGAGUUGGCUCAACCAAGCGCCCAACACAGCCUGCGCACCGUCGCGUGGAAGACUAACUUUGCUCUUAUUCACCACGCCGCUCGCUCGACUCCUGAAGAAGCUGCUCGCACGCUCGCCCGUGCGCAGGAAGUACUUGCUGCCGUUCCCAUUCAACUCGAUCUGCGAACUGUCGUCCUCCACCUUACACUCCUCGCUCAGGCUAGCGAUUAUACCAAUAUGAUUCGCGUCGUUGAUCUCAUCUCUGCCCGAAAGCUUCCUGCCAACACCAUCCAAAGACUGAAUGAUGCUUGCGACCAAAUCGCUAAGGAAGACAUACCCUUCAAGUACCGAAUCGAGUUGAUCAAGGCAUUUGGCCGGCAUCACGCUGAUUUGACGCCAUUCGUGGCGGAGAAGCUCAUCCAGGCAUAUAUCUCAGAGAAAAGCAAGCCUGUUGAUGAGCGCGAUCUGAGCAAGGAAUCGCUCUAUAUUCUUCUCGAUGCCUUCACUGUCGUUGAACAAAAGCAAGUAAACGAGGGGGAAUAUGAUGAGGCGCUUGAGCAAUUGAUGCAGGAUCUCGCGGCGACCGACGUCAGUGAGGAUAUGAAGAAUGCGACCUCAAACCAGGCCAUCGGCUAUUUAGUGAAAAACGUGAUAUUCAGGUUCGGUGCUGAGCGAGCUCGAUCCAUGUUGGGUGCGGUCUUUGGCGAGCAAGAAGCCACUAACUUGGUCCAACCCGUUUCUCCCACUUUUAUCCAAUCCGAAACUGUCUCUGGUAGUGAACGUCUUUCCGAAGCCGCCUCUCCCAGUCAAUCUCAUGCCUCCUCGGCUACCUCUGCCCCUGCCCUUUCUUUCUCACAAACGCUUACUUCCUCGAUCGAGCGCUUCACUUACCGUAAUCCCACCAUCACUCCUCUAGAAGCUUACGCACUCCUUCGAGACGGUCUUUCCGUCUCCCAAGUCCCUCGACUCGAAAUCAUUCUUUCCUUGAUGGAUCAUCUUGCCCGUCGCAACGAUGAACCUAAAGUCCGGGAGCUUUACGAGCUGGCCCAGGUUGUACUCAACUCUUUGGUCAGACCAGAUGUUCAAGCCCAGAGUUGGUACUCUGCCGAGAACGCUAUGCUCAUCGCUUGCUGUCACCUUGGUUAUCUCGAAGAGGCCGGUCUCCAUCGAGCUCGUAUUGUCCAAGCUGGCUUCACGCCCAGUGCUGAUGCUUAUGCUACCAUGAUUGCCUCUUCAAAAGACACCACCGAUGAUGCGCUGGUCGCUAGAGAAUUAUGGGAAGAAGCUCUCGGUAUGGGUGUGAAACCUCAUCUGUUCUUGUACAACACUGUUAUCAGCAAAUUAAGUAAGGCCAGGAAGGCGGAAAGUGCGUUGGAUCUGUUCAUGAGGAUGAAGUCCGAAAGGAUUAGGCCAUCCAGUGUUACUUACGGAGCUGUUAUCAAUGCUUGUUGUCGAGUUGGCGAUGCUUUGUCCGCAGAGACUUUGUUCGAGGAAAUGACUUCCCAGCCCAAUUUCCGACCUCGUGUCCCUCCCUACAACACUAUGAUGCAGUUUUACCUUCAAACCCAACCCAACCGAGAACGUUUCCUCUAUUAUUAUGGUGCCCUUCAACGCGCUCGCGUCCCUCCUUCUGCCCACACCUACAAGCUCCUUAUCGACGCCUAUGCCACUCUCCCUCCUAUUGAUAUCCCUGCUAUGGAGCUCGUAUUCGCUCAUCUUAUUGCCGACAAAUCUGUACGAGUUCAAGGUACUCACUGGGCGAGCUUGAUCUCCGCGUACGGUAUUCACGCGGGUGAUGCCAAGAGGGCCAAGGAGGUGUUCGACAAGAUUCCAGAGAAGGGUGGAGACUACGAAGCAGUUGUAUGGGAGGCAUGGUUAAAUGUGCUCAGUCAGCAAGGUACUAUCGAGCAAUUAGAGGAGGCUCACACUAGAAUGCUUGAGAGUGGUGUACAACCGACGGCUUACGUUUACAAUGUUCUCAUUAACGGCUAUGCCAGAGCUGGUAACAUUGGGCGUGCCCGUGAGGUCUUUGAGUCCAUGGGAGACAGUAUCACUGGUGUCGCCGCUCCCAACAACCAUCCUGUUCUUCUCACCUCAUCUGGCCACGCCAAGCCGUCAACACAGGCUGCGACGACUGGUGUGGUCUACCGAGAACCGUCAACGUACGAAUCAAUGAUUCGAGCGGAGAUCACAUGUGGAGACCAGCAGAGGGCAACAGAGGUUUUGCAGAGGAUGGAGGAGAGGGGUUACCCAAUGGCGGUUUACAUGCGGGGCAAGGCAGCAUUGGAAGGAGAGCCUCCAAAGUUUUAGAUUAGAUCAUUCACCACUCAUAUUGGUUCAUUCACUUGCAUUUAUACCCAAUUUAUAAGAUAGCUGUUGGGAAAGGAGAAGUAUAUAGCUUCAGGAAAGACGUAUUUAAUAUCCAGGGGAUUGAUGUACGCUAGGCAGAAGAUGAACUGAUGAUGAUUUUGCUGCA